UUCACAGAUACGCCGCCAGACAUUCUUGGAAAUUCCUGGUGAAGAACGUAAAAGAAUUUCUUUCCCUGCUAUCUGGCCAGCGAAAAUGCCCCAGAACUUCCUGCCCCUGGAGGAGAAUCCGCCCUUCAUCGGGGACUGGGUGUGCGAGUCCAAGUUGGGCUCCGGAGGCUUCGGAUAUGUGACUCUGUGGCGCAAUAAGAAGACCAAAGAAGCUGUUGCUGUCAAGAAGUGCAAUCUUCUCAGCAUUGAUGACAGCAUCUCAGAGCGCCAGAAGGAUCGCUGGGAGUACGAGGUGAAGCUGAUGACCACCAGUAUCAAAUGCGACAACAUCGUGAAGACUGUGGCGGUGUCAACGGACUUCCACGCUGGCCUUCUGAGGAACAAUCCCUCGAAGCUGCCCGUGUUGGUGAUGGAGUUCUGCGAAGAGGGCGAUCUGCGGCGCGUGCUGAGCAGGAAGAUCAACUGCAGCGGCAUGCCAGAGGGAGAGAUCAGGGCCGUGCUGACGGCGCUGCGCAAGGCCAUUUCCUAUCUGCACGAGCAGAAGAUCACGCACAGAGACAUCAAGCCGGAGAACAUUGUGCUGAAGCGUGAGGGCGACAAGAUCAUCUACAAGCUCACAGAUCUCGGCUAUGCGAAGAUGCUGGACAGGCAGAGUCUGCAGGCGAGCCUGGUGGGCACGAUGGAGUAUCUGGCGCCUGAACUGCUGCACAGCGACAAAUACAGCUGCACUGUCGACUACUGGUCGCUCGGUUUGAUCGCCUUCGAGAUCAUCUGCGGCUGCAGGCCGUUCCUGCCGCACUCCUCCAUGGCUCAAUGGAUGGUGAGAGUGAAGCAGAAGCGUUCGGAGCACAUCUGCAUUGUCGAGGAUCAGGAGGGAAAGGUCACAUAUCGCUCGGAACUCUUCUCCGAGGCGCAAGUUUCGCCGUGCUUCAAGCGUCGCCUGGAGCAGUGGCUGAGGCUGGCGCUGGAGUGGAAUCCGAAGCAGAGAGGAUUCGUCUUCGAGACGCCAAGCGCUGAUGGGGAGAAAUCCCGAGGGAAGUCCGUGAAAUUCGCCGACAAUCUGCAGGAGGACGAGGAUGAGCCCAAAGCGGACGCUGUGAAGCCCGGCCCAGUGCAGGUGCUGAAGAUCUUCACGAUGCUAGACGAGAUUCUGGAGAAGAAGAUUUUGACGGUGUUUUCGCUCUUCACGUAUGAAUUCCUGAGCUAUGAGAUUAACCAGCAGAACACCGUGGCUGAUCUGCGUCUGUGGAUCGCCGAGAGUACUCAGAUUCUGCCCGAGAGUCUGGACUUCAUCCUGCCCAUCAUUCAGAGCCUCCAGAUGAUCGAGGAGGACACGAAACUCACGGAACUCUUCAUCGAGGACAACUUCAAGGAUCCCAUGCUGUUCGUGAUGAAGAAGGGCAGCGUGCUGGACAGCGACGUGAAGCCCAAGAUUCCGGACUCCUUCAUUGGCGUGUUCGAGAUGCCGAAGACAAAGCUGAAGAUUCAGGUUCUCAGGCGCUUCGCCAGCAAUUCGUACUACUUCGUGAGAAAUGAGCAGCGAUUGUACAGCACGGCGAUCAGUGGCAUUUACAACUUUGCUCUCUGGCUGAACGAUCAGAUCCAGAAGUUUAAGCCCAGUCUCAGCCAGAUGAUCGAGGCGGCGUUCGAGCUGAAGGGACAACUGAAGAUCUACGAGAACGCGUUGAGUCACACGAAGGAGAAGCUGCUGGAGCGCGAGAUGAUCUCCGUGCUGAGCGCCUCCUUCAUCGCCUGGCAGGAGACGUACGACAAGAUGCUGGCCAAUGCCAACAAACUGAUUGAGGCCGCCAGGAAGAUCUGGAUUCGCUAUGAUUCCGUGCUGAAGAGGAGCCGCGAAGCGGUGAAGAACAAGAUCUUCGAGGGAACGGAGGACAUCUUCAGUGGGAGCAUGUUGGACAAGUACUAUGACAAGAUUCGCCAUGAUAUCAUUGAGAAGAGGAUCAGCGAGGAGUCGCACAAGGACAUGCUGAGGAUUGUGUACAAGUGCCUCAAGGACAGGGACAACAUUCUGCGCAACAGGGACUUCACCAAGUACCAGGAGUUCAUCCUCGGCAUCCAACUGGAGAUGGAGGAGAUCCAGAAGGCGGUGGAGAAGGCGAGCGCCCAGACGGCGCUGUAUCAGCGCGACGUGGCGAAGAUGAGUUUCGAGCAUCAGGAGAACAUCUGGAGCUUGUCCGGGAGCUGCGAAGCGCGCCGCGUGAGCAACAGCAUUCCGGAUCUGGAGGGAAUGCUGGAGAGUCUGAAGGUGGAGAGCGAGGGCAAGGCAGAGUCGACUGAUGCGAAGAUGGGAGACUCCAUUGUCGACUCUCUGGGCAGCAUUUCCUCGUCGCAUCUCUGCUUCGGCGAGAAUCCCGACACAAAGACUCUCCUGGAGGACAACCAGUCCCUGAUCUCGGCGUUGGAUCACCUGCUGAAGGAUGGCCUGGGCGAACUUCUCUCUGAUGCGCCGGAUGCCAAGUGAUUUGCUGCAUUUCUCUGUCUAUUUUUAUUACCCUAUCGAAGAACCUAAUAUGCUAUUGGUGACGAAGAA